AUGUCAUAUUUCCACCCACAGGAACAGUCCUGGUCGUUCGGGUCAAUCGAUGGCACGCCAGGAGAGCGACGUCGUCGACGUCGACAGUACCGCCAGGCGCAGGGCCAAGGCUCUGGUAAUUCCUUGCCAACUUCUACGCUCCCUCAAGACACCGGUUCUCAAUCAAGGCCGCAAGGACAAACACUCCAACCCCAACCCCGCUAUCAGAAUCCCUUUGGAACUCGAGAAGAGAUAGAUUCGGAAGAUUACCAAAGUCCACUUGCAACGAUGUUUGGUCGAGCAUGGAUGCGCUAUAGAGAUGCGGAGGCGAGUCGAUUGAAUCCUUCUAUCAGCCAACAGCCUUCAAAUCCCCAGACUUUCGAUCCGACUGCAGCCCCGAGGAGUAUCACACAAAUUGCCCGAGAUCGUGGAUAUGAUAUUAGUGUUGUUCAAGACGAUAUGGGGAGAUUGCAGCUGAUGUCGGCGUUCACUGGAACACCUCCAUUAGGAACGCAGACACACGGCUUUAAUUUUGCGAACUUUCCUUCGGGCCACAACAACGCUCCGGGAACCCACCUGUCCAACCCUUUCACUCCAAGUACUCGUUCAAACAUGCAGUCAGUGGAGGACCAAGCUUCAGAGUCUCCAGAGGAGGCCGUGGUCAACCCGAUUGACGCGCAGACCCGACCUCCACCCCUUACCAGUGACCAGAUGACGAUUAACAUCGCGUGUCGAAUAUGCACUGAACAAAAGGUUGACACACUAUUUGAGCCUUGCAUGCAUGUUGUGAAAACUACUGCCUGGAAAUCUGGUAAGCGUUUACGAUCUUGUAACCACACAGAUCUUGAGAUUCUGACAAGUGUGGCAGCUUGUGGACAGGGCAACAAGGCGACACUGUGA